UCGCGGACACUCCGACCCAUACAGCCCGCUUCAAAAAAUAACCACAAUUCUUCGUUCCUUGCUCAGCGCAUAGCGAGCUUAUAAAAGGAAAACAAUGCCAUUCGUACCAGGACCCCGAAGAGCCGCAAAGGAUGAAAAUGGAGACAAAACGUAUCUCUGUUCAUGGGAGGGUGAGUCCGACACCUUCCGACUUUACAAAUAAAAAGGGGUCAACGAGCGAGGUAAAUUCCACACCUCGGUGGACACGCCUCAAGCCUCAAUGAUCAAACCAACAAGGAUCCGUCUUUCUACGACCUGGUGUCAUAUAUAUAUCCCUUCCCCUCAAGCUUGAGGAUCAGGCUUAUCAGAUACUAUCUAUCACUUUCUCGCCCGUACAUAUCCCGACCUGUUUGUGCAAGAGUCUCACGAAAGCACGAAGAGGAACAAAUGUGAUGGACUGACAGUGUCCCUUUGCAGGAUGUACAAAAAAAUUCGGAACUGCUGGGCAUGUUCGAAGGCAUGAGAAGACUCAUAUCGGCAGUACCCCAUACUCUUGUCCUUAUUGUAGUAAAAGCUUUGGCCGUAGUGAUGUGCGUGCAAAGCAUGUGAGUACUAUGCAUCGUGGGGAGGAAUGCGGAGAGAGUGACGGAGAGUCUCCAGCAAAAUCAAGGAGGCUUUCAUUUGAUUCAACUGCCUCUAGCCGCAAGCUUUCCUUGUCAAGCAUCACUACCGUUUCCGAGGCCCCGCCUUUGUCAAAUGUUAUGCUGUCAGGUCCCUCACACUUGCUCCCUCCUUUACACGGUACUGGUCUUCCAAUUGACCCCUCGGAAGACUCUGAUCCAGGAAGACUAUCUGGGGGGGUGCAAAGCAUUCUGGGACUUGACACCAAUUUGCAAAGGCAGCAACAUGGUAUGUUCCAGAGUAGCCCGUCAUCUUCAAAUGCACCCUCUAGGGCCACUCCAUUCAUGGGACAAAGUACACCAGGUAGCGGGUUCAUUGACCCCGCCAACUUGAAUGUCGCUUCUUCUUCGACAAUUAAAAAUUUGAUUGAUAUUCCAAAUGAUGACAUCUUAUCCACUCCUACAAUCCCCUCCCACCCAGAAUUAUUAACAUUUGAUCCGAGCUGGGAAUGGUUCGGUAAUUUGUUUGGCUGGGGAUCUGACAACAAUAUUGAUCAGGAUGUUGGUCUUCAGAAUAGCAUGUUUGAGAGCAAUGGCGUGGGACCUGCGAGCUCAACUGAUACACUCAGUGCUGCAUGGCUACUAUGCACAACACCUAGAGCUGGCAGCCCAGUAACAGGUGAAGCUGUUAAAGCCCAGGGGAUGGCAGACCCAUUCGGAAGAAAAGAUGACACGCCCUGGCCCAACGUAUUUAAACCCAACGUUCCAGACCGUCCCCUGACCUUGGGAGAUGUCAAGGCCUCCUCAAAUAUCCGUCCCCCUCGCACAGGACCGAAUUCUAUCAGUGAAGCUUCCCGCAACGCCAUGCUUUCACUCAUCUAUCUUUCUCAUCAACCACAUUGGCUCAUGCCGGAUAUCGAUGAUUUUCCUGAUCAUGACACUUUGUCAGACUUUGUGGAUUUAUAUUUCGAAAAAUUCCAUCCGAUGUUCCCUAUUCUCCAUAAGCCUACUUUUUUGGAAAGCGACACGCCUGCAGUAUUGCUGUUAUCUGUGGCAGCAAUCGGGGCUACUUUUGCAGACCUGAAAUACCGACCACUUGCAGUGGCACUUUGUGAGCUAGUGCGGAGAAUGAUUGCCUGGAUGAGAGGCAGCGACCAGCGGGCGAAAUUUGACCGCUAUGCCCUAGCUGCAUUUACUCUACAAACGGCCCUUGGUUUGGCUUGCGGUUCCCGCGAAAUGUUUUACCAUGCCGAGAUCUUCAGAUGCAGUAUUGUCACCACUUGCCGAAGGUUACAUCUUCUAAGAGGUUUGGAUACCGCUACGGAUGAGUUGUAUAAAAGGACAGAACAUCCAAGCAACGAAGAGAGGUAUAAAGCAUAUUUGAAGGAUGAAGAGAUGAGAAGAUUGGGAUGGGGUGUAUAUUUUCUUGACGCCCAAAUGUCGGCAAUGUUGUUGAUCCCUCCCAUCUUCAUGGUAAACGAAGCCCGCAUCCAUCCACCAACAGAUGAAGCCUUAUGGGAGGCCCCCAAUGCAGAAGCAUGGGCAUCAGUCAUCGCCAAGGGAGAAGCUCCUGACCCGAAACUCCCUACGCCAAGGUUUCUGAAGCUGUUAAGUAUGUCUAUGGCUGGACAGGAUGGGCAGAUUGCCAUGUCUGAUUUCACUGUGGGGAUUGUGACGUACACCAUUUGGAGGCUGCUGAUGGACCAGCGCUUGCUACAAAAGGCGAUAGGGCUGGGCCUUUCAGAAAGCGGCAUGGAUCUAGCGAGUUACCCUGCGCAGACAGAUAUCUUUGAUACACAACCAGGGUACCUUCUCACACGCCUUGCGACAUCCACAUUCCCCAUCCGGUCCCCUAGCUAUCUGCGCCUGACUCCAGCAGCCCUUUAUCACCAUGCACGGUUAAUAUUCACCCGUCCAGGACUUAUCCAGCGGAUAAAACAUGUUUCGGGCAAAUAUGAGCCCGAUAUGACUGAAGAAGGUUCGUUGUCGUGGCUUAAGACAUGGCUAGCAGAUGGGUCGGAGGUGAGAAGAAUAAUAUGGCACGCCGGUGUUUUGAGUGAGCUCAUGGCGGAGAACCCGAGAGGGUCAAUUGGAGAGUUAAUCUGGACGUUUGACUGUGCUCUCUUAUUCUGGAUUGUCUUGAAGCAUGCUCCUCAACAACUUACUUCUGCUUCACCAGCUGCCUUCUUUGCCGCCAACUGGCUCUGCAUAACCCCGCCGGAAAUGUGGAUCUCCCACGGUGGCCAGAUAACCUUUCCGCUGCUCGGUUCAUCUACCACUUGGACAGUGAGCUCUAUGCUGAGAAUAUUCAUGGACAGACUGCACAAAAUGCCUUGGGGUCUAGCAGUACAGAAUCGUCUGGUGUUGAACAAGCUGUUAGAAGCGGAAGGUGCCGGUGACUGAUUGUCUAGAUACUACUCGUCUAGAUACUACGUGAUAGUCAAUUGUAUUUAAG